CCAAAAUCUAACAUUUUAUUUUAAUUUGGUUGCAAAUCUUGUAUAAGUAGAAAAAAAAAUUUUUUUGUAAUUUUUUCAUAGAAAUAAAAGCUGCUGACGCUUAGACAUGAAACAGUAAUUUACAUGAUAUUAAUGUUUAUCAGCUUAUUAUACGGAAAACAUUUAAUUGUAUCAGUAGAUGGUCAAUAGGUCAAUAAUGUACCCAUAUCAGUACUGAGAAAGACGCAAUAUACGAAGAAAGAAGAUUGAUAAAAGAAAAACGUAUAUAUAUUAUCAUCUCAUAACCAUUAAACACAUCAGUUUUCUUAAAUCAGUGCAAGACUUAUAUCGUUUCCAUACAAAGAUGAACGUUCGAAUUUUGCUAUCUCUUUUUCUCCUAACGCUAUUCGUAAUCGAUGAUGUAAAUGGAAAAUUUGGAUUCUCGCGAGGUUCGUCAUCGCGAGGUUCGUCAUCGCGAGGUUCUUCAUCUAGAUCUGGAUCUAGUUGGAGCUCUGGACGUGGAAGUUCAUCAGGUAGAUACUCGACAAGCUCGAGCUCAACUAGAUAUGGAAGUUCAUCAGGUGGACACUCGACAGGUACGAGCUCGACUAGAUAUGGAAGUUCAUCAGGUGGACACUCGACAGAUACGAGCUCGACUAGAUAUGGAAGUCCAUCAGGUGGAUACACGACGGGAUCAAACUCUCUUGGACAUGGAAGUUCGACAGGCGGACGCACGACAGGAUCAAGUCCGGUUGGAACUUCAAGUCAAACUUCGCAUCAGCAAAAUAAAGAUGCAUCCACGUCUUUCUUACAUGCUGAAGGAGGAGGUGCUACUCGACCCUCUCAAACAAAUUCGGCACAAUCUGGCCGGCCACCCACACCACAUAGUAAUACAGGAACUUAUCCCGGGAGUUAUAAAACACCAAGUUUAGCAACAGAGAAUAAACAAAAUUCUGCAUAUAAUCCGUCAGCACCACACAAUCCAUCUGCACCACACAAUCCAUCAGCACCAUACAAUCCAUCUGCACCAUACAAUCCAUCAGCACCAUAUAAUCCAUAUAGUCCAUCAAUACCAUCGACUAAUCAUUUGCCGAAAUCAACUAUGGUUUCUUCGCAAAGUCAUGCUCCGACGUCUUUUAGCCAACCAAAUGCGCCUUACAAUCCGUCACAAGGAACUGCAUCUAGCAAUCCUUCAUGGAGUAAUCCACAUUUUAAUCCAAGUCAACCUUAUCCAUCAAAUCCAACUAAUAAUAUUGGCUUCAAAGAUUACUUGCGCCCAACUUCAAUGCCCGUCCCUUCUGCACCUUAUCCGCGUCCUCCUUAUCCUACUUCUGGUUCUAAUUCACAUCUUCCCAGUCAAUCCUUCAGUCAUUCGAAUCCACCUCCAUACAAUCCCUAUCAUUCUCCGUACAAUCCCAGUCAAACAUUCGGACAUCCAUCUAGUUACCCAGCACAUAUUCCGCCACCUGUACCAAAUGCAUUCGGGAAUCCUUAUUCUACGCAUCCCGUUGGCGGAACGUACGGCGCAGCUGGACAUACCUAUUAUCCCCAACAACACGUCUUAGCGCAGCCGGCGGCACAACCAUACGUACCUGGACAAACAGUUAUAAUGGUUCCUGGUCAGCAAAACAGUGGCAGAGGCCUCGGUCAGAUGGUGAAAGAAGCACUCGUGUUCUCCACAGUCAACGCUGGAGUGAAUAGAUUGUUAAAUCCAUAUCCUCAUCACGUAUAUGAUUAUAACAGACCAGCGAGCAGUGGUACCAGCGAAACGCAUAUAACUUACAAUAAUCAUUACUUCAACACUGCUUCUUCAGAUAGCGUUUCUUCGGCUUUGCCGAAUGUACCUCCGGGAAAUAUCCCCAUUACAUAUCCUGCCAAUUCUGCGAAUCCAAAUCCAGUGAAUCCUAGUUCGAUGAAUCCAAGCCCGGUGAAUUCAGGUCCGGUGAACAAUCCGGUUAUUACUCCAGGUGUAUCAAUUCCUACUAUUGUCAGCAAUGGUAGCACAACAUAUCCAGUUAACGGUUCUUCAGUAAACACAGCAGGUACAACUAAUAAUGUGGAAGUUUCUCCAGUUGUGCUUCCUAAUGGACUUUCAGCUGACAAUACAAUGAACAAUAAAGGAACAUCCAAUGAAGCAACUAUUUAUUCCCCGCAGUAUAAAAUAUUGGACGAUGAUCUGCUAAUGUUGACUGAAGAGUUAUUCGCGAAACAAGAAGUCAAUAUAUCCAAAUAUUUAACAUUACAUCUUCAAAGUAAAUCUGAGAACGCAACGCACGACGCAGCUAAGGGACAAUUAAUUUACGUGCAAGAAGAAGUAUAUGAUUAUCCAACAAUCUUAGCUAUUCGAUCGCUCUACGACAAUUAUGAACACGAUUCCACCAUGAAGGAGAAUCGUACACUGGAAAAGCGAAAGAAAGAAGACCUUCUGUUAGAUAUGUUCCUGAGCACAAACGUGAUGGCUAAAGCUAUGCAAUGGUUAUCGGAUCGAGGUUUCAUCGAGCCUUACGAUUUCGACAGAAAGGACACUUUGCGAACAAUCUGGUUUAACACAUUCAACGGUGCUACUUCAGGAUUCGAGCGAGUGUUCACAUCUGAGAGAUAUGAUACGGAGCUUCUUGGCGUGCAGGACUGGAUUUACUUCAAUUAUCAAGAAUCAAAGAAUCGUAUUGAUUACAUGGGAUACGUUGAUACUAUGAAGCUUGGCAAUAAAGCCUCAUUGGUGAAAUUGAACUUCCAAAUGGAUGGUAUUAUUAGACCGAACGCAACGAUAUUCGUAGGCACGCUGCCCGAGCUCGAAAUGUCCUUAUACACAAUAUGUUUUUACACCAGGCCGAAUGAUCUAUGUCCCAUUUCUCUUGGCGGAAGCAAAUUUAACAUUUUUACGCAUUCGUUUAGAUAUUAUGGGAAAGAUCUCAUAGAUCUUGCGCUUCCCAUUUUUUAACUUUUUGUGUAAUAAAUAAAUAAAUUUUCGGCCAUGAUAAUAUAAUUAUUAAAUAUAAACUUUUCUUAUAAUAAAUAUAACGACACUUUUGUUACGUAACAAAAAGUGUAUUAAUUUUUAUAAUUAAAUUAUUAUAUUUAAGGAUGAAUUUUAUAUGAAAGAGUACUUUUAUUUUAGUAAUGAUAAUUUUAGUCUUUUCUUUCUUCCUCUGAAACAUGAAAUUUAAUUUUUUAAUUUUUUUAGAAAUUUGUAAUAUAGAGAAUUUGAAAUUACCUUGUAUGCACUUUUUUCAAAAUAAAAGGAAUAUGAUACUUUUAGAUUUGGAUUACACACAAAAAAA